AUGCCACGGUCGUCAUUUCUUUCCUUCAGGACCUACUCAACCCGUAGGCAAUCACGGACUGAUACACCUGCCAAUGCCCCUCAUAUCAUCCCAUGGCUAGCUAGUCCUCUCGACCAGAAAAGUGUGAGAUCACCUCGUUUAUGUCAGCGCGCCGAUGCCAGUCCUAUCGAGUUGUUCUACGAUGUGUUUCUAGUCGCCAACCUCGCCACAUUCUCUGCCACUCACGAAAUAAACAAUGUCACAGCGGUGUGGUCAUAUGUCGGAUUCGUGGGCAUCAUAUGGUUCACAUGGCUCCAGGUCACCCUCUUGGAUCUACGAUUUUCCCGUGACUCAAUCUUCGAGCGCACCUGCAAGGUUGUCCAAUUGUCCGCUAUGAUUGGGUUUGCUUCAGCUGGUUCACGGUUCUCGUCACAGAUCAAAGACGAGAAUGUCUGGGCUUUCAAAUCUCUAUCUAUACUGCUUUCUGGAAGCCGCUUCAUGCUUGCAUUGCAAUACACAAUCAAUCUUUGGUUCAUUCGUGAAAAAUUGCGUGCCACCGGGAGAGGCAUGUUUGUUAUUAUCGGAGUGCAUACCGUCACCGGGAUUUCAUACUUGAUAAUGUUCCGAACAUUCAAACCAAGCGAGCCCCAUAUCUGGAUAGUCUGGUUUGGUCUCUUUGUUUUUGAGUCGGUAAUGGUAAUCACCAUCUCAAAUUAUACACCCGGCAUUGAGCUUGACGACACUCACCUCACGACUCGUAUGGGAUUAUUGACUUUGAUUAUCAUCGGCGAACAUGUGAUUUCUGUGACCAGAAUCGUGAACAAGAUGAUUGCAGGCGGCGGUUGGACAUUUGCUUCACUAUUGCAUGUUAUGGGUGUCGUGACAACGGUGUAUCUUCUCUGGCAUUCAUACUACGAUAUUUCUCCACGACAGUCUUAUGGAAAAUUAAGACAACAGAUCUGGACUCACCUACAUUUUCCAUUCCAUAUGUGCAUAAUUCUUUCUUCCGAAGCAUGUCAAAUUCUAGCCCUAGCUUUGGAUAUCUCACUCAAGCUGCGAUACUUGCUUGAGACUUCCAAUUUUGUAUGCGAAGAACCACGGCCAACUAUGGCUGCUGCGCUCAAUCUGCUUAACCGCACAAUUACGGAUAUGGAAAUUGAUUAUACCAGGGCUCCUCAUGAACAAGAAGCUAUACACGGCGUGUUUGGAUCUCUAUGGAAUCAAACAAACAUCUGUUCGAGCACGAAUACCACUGGAGCCAAGGCGUACGGUAUCCAAGAGGAGCAAGGCCGAUUUCUUACAGGAAAUGUGACAGUUGCUCUUUUCUCAAGCAUGGGCAUCACGCUUGAAGACCCAGGUUCCACUAGCUCCGAGGGAAUGCAGUACGUGAAACUAUACCUGGGACUCUUGGCCUUUGUUUACGUGUAUUACUUCGUCACCGUGGGCCUAGCAAUGCUGCACUUCGCUAUCUUUGCGAUGUUGACAAGCCGACAUCCCAGACCUUGGUUCAAUGCAAUAGCUGUGGGCUUUCGACUUAUCUGUGCUGUCAUACUCAUAUCUCAGAUUGCCUUUGGGAAGAACUUCGACUUGACGUAUAAAUAUAUGACACAUCCUAUCAUUCUGUAUACAUUCUCUCUGACAAUGCUAGCUGUCCUACUCGUCGAUCGCCUACUCGAUAUACUCGCAACUUCUGACUGGUCAAAGGGGGAUGUAAGCCGGCAAAUUAGCACGCGCAGUACUGCACCGAUGUUAUCACACGAUCAGGAAGCUAACAAACAACCACUCAACAUGGAUGAAGGAGACUCCAUCUGCAGCUAUGAAAGAGAAUGA